GCCACCACCCCUCAGAGCUCUUCCAGCCAAUCAGACGCCAGGAACCAAGCCAGGUCGCCCUUGCAAAAAACCCUUAAUGUGUCCCAAAAGUUUGGCAUCUCCUGCACAGGUCGUCUUUAGUCAGAGAGGCCCUGGAGAGGACUGGAGGGGGACGACGCAUCUCUGGGCCAAAGGACAAAACUUCUGCAUCCAUUUAGACUCUCACAUCCCUGUUGAGGGACAGAAAAAAUGGCUCCUCACCUCAGCAUGAACAGGAGCUGGGUCUGGCGACGGAUGUUUGCAGGAUGUUUAACACGUUUGAUUGUCUUCGUGUUGCUCUGUGCACCAGCUCUCACUCAGCUUGAUCUGAACAGAUUAGAUGGCGAAACGGUGUGCCCAACAAUGAAGAAUGGACAAGAUGACCUUCCAGGGUUUGAUCUGAUCACACAGUUUCAGUUGGAUGUCAUCCCCAUGAGGGGCGUCAGAAAGGUAGAAGGAUCCACACCCCUCCAGGUGGCAUACAGACUCGACCGAGAGGCCAACUUCCAGAUCCCAACCAGGCUGAAUUUUCCAAGAGGUUUUCCGGAUGAGUACUCCUUCAUGACCACCUUCCGCAUGAUCAAGAACACCAUCAACAGGGUGUGGAACAUCUGGCAGGUGGUGGAUGAAGACGGUUUGAAGCAGGCAGGUAUGCGCCUGAAUGGAGACCAGCAGGCCCUGGAGUUCUUCCUCACCACUAUGGAAGGAGACGUGCAGACCGUCACCUUCCCAGGCCUUUCUGUCCUCUUCAACACUAAAUGGCACAAAGUGAUGAUUGGUGUGGAGAAGGAGCUGGUGACGCUGUACGUGGACUGUCAACCGGUUGACCAGAAACCCAUCAAGAGGAAAGGCUAUGUCAGCACGGAGGGAGACACUCUGAUCGGAAGACUGGAUUCUGAUCCCAACACCUCUGUAGUGUUUGAGUUGCAGUGGAUGCUGAUUCACUGUGACCCAAAGAGAGCUCAGAGAGAGAGCUGUACCGAACUUCCUCUGUCGGAGAUGUAUGCCAAUGCUGAGCCGGAUCCCAAGCCAAUCCCUGGUCCUCCUGGUCCUGAGGGUCCUGAGGGGCCUCGUGGACCCCAAGGAGAACCUGGCAGAGACGGGAGAGAUGGUAUUCCAGGCACUCCAGGCACUCCUGGAGCUCUGGGCAGUAAAGGAGAUAGAGGAGAGAUUGGACUGCCAGGACAGAGGGGACUGCAGGGGCUGCCGGGACCCAUGGGACCGAUGGGCCCCAUGGGACCACGAGGACCAGUGGGAGAAAGAGGUCUCCCUGGUUUCCCUGGACCUGCCGGACCCCCUGGACCAGAAACUGUUGGACCUCCAGGACUCCCAGGGAAGCCUGGUACUCCAGGGGACGAGGGAAACAUCGGACCAGAGGGUCCUCCUGGACCAAGAGGAGGAAUUGGGCUCCCAGGCCCACCAGGACCUCCAGGAUUACCAGGCCCACAAGGUGCUGGGAACCCUGAGGGAAGUGGUGAGACUUGCCAGACAACAUGUCCAGCUGGACCGCAGGGACUGCCUGGUCUGCCGGGGAUGAAGGGACAUCGAGGUCUUCCAGGUGUGGACGGUUUAGCAGGUACCCAAGGCGAAAAGGGAGAGCGAGGGGCCGCUGGAGAACCAGGUCCUCCUGGACGUCCAGGAGAUGAUGGUAUUGAAGGCAUCAGAGGGCAACAGGGACAUCCUGGGCCUAAAGGAGAUGAUGGUGCGAUUGGAGCCCCGGGAGAGAUAGGAGCUACUGGAGCCAAGGGUGACACUGGUGAGCCAGGAAAGCAUGGAUCUGAUGGAGCACCAGGAGCUCCAGGAGAGAAGGGAGAGCCAGGUCUACCCGGAGCCAUCGGUGUCAGAGGAAUUGUGGGAAUUCCAGGUUUACCAGGCAAACAGGGACUCGUGGGGCCUGCAGGCCAAAAGGGUGAAAUUGGCGCUGUAGGACUGACCGGUCCAAUUGGGCUUCCUGGUAAAAAUGGAGCAACUGGACCACCAGGAGAAGAUGGAACUCCAGGAGCCAAAGGAGCCUCUGGUGAACCAGGAAAACAGGGUCCAGUCGGCCCGGUGGGCCCGCAGGGAAUCCAGGGAGAUAAAGGUGACCAAGGGCUCAUGGGCCCUCGUGGAAUCAAGGGUCACACAGGUCAUAAAGGAGACCAGGGCCCAAUGGGUCCUGUUGGUCCCAAAGGAAGUGAGGGAGAUCCAGGUGUUGUAGGAGAACCAGGCGUGAAGGGUGAUCAGGGGCCUCCGGGUAUUCCUGGAAUCAAGGGCGAGAGUGGAGAGAAAGGCCAGAGAGGAGCUACAGGAGCUGAUGGUCGUCCAGGACAGCCAGGUCAUGAGGGUCUGACCGGACCACAGGGAGCCAGAGGUCUGGAGGGGGAACGAGGACUGUCAGGACCCCCUGGUCCCAGAGGUCUACCUGGGCCUAAGACGAGUGACGAGAAGAUCCGUGAGAUUUGUUCAGCUAUUGUUGAAGAGCAUUUAGAUGCCUACAAGAAAGAAGCAGCCAAGAAGCCUCUUCCCAUUGGAGCUCCUGGAACUCCAGGACUCAUGGGACCACCUGGACCACCGGGACCAGCAGGUCCUGCCGGAGAAGCAGGACCCAGAGGAAUCAUGGGCCCCAAGGGGCCUCAAGGAUACUACGGUCUUCCUGGAAAACCGGGAACCAAAGGUGAUGCAGGACAAAAAGGUGACAAGGGAGAUAAUGGAAUUGGAAUUCCAGGAAUUCCCGGAGAACCCGGACCUCAAGGACCAGCUGGCAAGCCUGGCAUCGGUAAGGACGGUCAGGAUGGUGGCAGAGGAGAGGCCGGUGUGCCUGGAGCCCCAGGAACCCCUGGAGUCAGAGGAUCUCCGGGCGCCCCUGGUCUUUGUGAUCCUUCAGACUGCUUUAGGCCUCAACCUUUUUACAUGGUUGGCGGGAAGAAGUCUGUCAACAUCAAGGGUCCAUGAACAGAAAGAAAGAAACCUUCUAGAAAUCUUCAUCACAGUCAUCAUCAGCCAGUUCAUUUCCGAAACUUCAAAUGGCGAGCAGACGGUGCAAUAAAACAAACGUGACAGAUGUAUAGAGACAUACGGAUGCAGCUCCUGAUGGUGGAUCCAAUUCACAUGCUUUUGUUGUACCUUGUACAUAAACGAGAAGUAAAUGUGUUUGUUCUUUCAGGUGGUUUACAGUAAAUUGCAGAUUAAUAAAUUAAUUGGAAAUUGAUGUUUCA